GAGAGAUCGGAACCAGCCCGGCGUUACGCCUGAGCGCUACCGGGGUGAGCGAGAGGGGAAUCGCGCCCGGCGCCUUCAUUCCUGACGUUCAGCGGCUCGCCUGGGGCAGGAGCCAGCCCUUCAGAGACCGUCCCACCUUCGCUUGCAGAUGCAGGCUGCUCCGCACCAUGACGAGAGUCAGUCUCGUUUGCUCACUUCACUCGAUUGUGCUGUGGACUCUCUGCUGCAUUGCUGGAGAGGAGACAGCCAUCACAGCUCAGUAUGGGAAAAACGUCACCCUGACCUGCAUCUUCCCGUCCAAAUUUAAGAUAAGCUUCCAUCGACUGAGCAUCACCUGGACAAAGGAAGGAGCCCAGGGCCAGGGUCUCCUGGUUCACAGAUUCUAUCUGAAGAUGAACUGGCUGGAGGGACAGGAAGAGGCUUACAGGGGCCGAACGCAACUAUAUCCACAGGAAUUCCCCCAGGGAAAUGCAUCCCUGAGACUCAGCGACGUUCGCCUCCAGGAUGAGGGAUCCUACCUCUGCAACGUCACCUGUGAGCUGGGAAGCUGGUCCAAGAAGAUUUCACUUAUAGUGCUAAGUGACAGUGAAAUGGAAAGGCCCAUCAUCGUUCAGCCAGGGGAGGACGUCAUCCUGAAUUGCUCCUUCCAGUCCGAGUUAAACCACCAGCCACUGAACAUCACCUGGAAGAAGGAAGAAGAGGAGGGACCAGAUCUCCUGGUUCACAGCUACUGCUCUGAGCCGGACCCACUGGAAACACAGGAUGAGGCUUACCGGGGCCGGACCCAGCUGUAUCCGGAGAGAUUCUGCGAGGGAAACGCGUCGCUGAGACUCAAGAACGUCCAGCUGGCGGACGACGGGAUCUACACCUGCCACGUCAAGCCCCAACUGGGCAGGUUUUCCGUGCGGAUGAGAGUGGCGGUGGAGAAGGAUGCUGAGCUUCUCCAGAGCCCAUCAACAUGGUGCAGUCUGUGGUGGAUUGAUCUGGGGGUGUUACUGGUGAUAUUAGCAUUUGCUCUCCUUCGAAUGUGUAAUCCUUCCUGGCGGAAACUGGGGCUGGACAAAAAGUCACCUCGAAGUGAGUCCCAGCAGACUGUGUCCGACCAUAAAAAGGAUGAAGAGGUGAACAAACAUCUGCUCCGGGCAUCCCCGUCAACCUCCAUAGACCUAGGAGUGGCCAAUCCCACCUACAGUCCACCUGCGAAUUCCUCCCCGGGGCAGACUGCCAAAGACAUGGGAGAACCAAGGGCUGUUCCUGGAGUUCAAAUAGUACCUACAAUGAUUUCUAUAAUGCAGCAGUGGGCUUUGGAACACACCAGGUUAAAUAUCGCCAUUAUGGGAGAGCGAGGCUGUGGGAAAUCGUCCUUCAUUAACGCCAUGCGGGGGCUAUGUGAUGAAGACGAAGGUGCUGCCCCAGUCGGGGAGGAAGAAACGAUGAUGGAGCCAAAAGCUUAUCGGCAUCCCAAACACCCAAGGGUGACUUUCUGGAGACUGCCGAUAGAUUUUCAGCCAUGUCUCCAGACAGUGAAAUUUGUCUGCUACAACUUCUUCGUCAUAAUGGGCUUAGAAGAAUUUACACCUAAGCAUGUUGAGUUGGCUCAGGAGAUCCGGAAGGCAGGGAAGAUGUGCUACUUUGUGCGCUCCAAGGUGGAUUUAGAUUUGGAUGAUGCCAGACGUAGCCGGCCCUCCAUUUAUGACAAGGAGAAAAUAUUGAAGGACAUCCGUAACCACUCCAUCCGAUGCCUGGAAGAGGGAGGGAUGAUCAAUCCUGAAGUUUUCCUCCUCUCCGCAUUUGAAUUAGACAAGUACGAUUUUCCCCUCCUGCGAGAGAGCAUGGAGAAAGCGCUUCCGGGUGACAAGAAAAGGGCUUUGAUACUGGCCCUGCCCAACACCUCUCUGCAAAUCUUGCAAAACAAAAAGGAAGCCCUACAGAAGCAGAUCUGGAAAAUAGCCCUUGCGUCCUCUCUUCUCACGGUUAUUCACAUACCCGGUGUCUCCACCAUUCUUGAUGUAACCAUCCUGAUGAUAUGCAUGAGAUAUUAUUGCCGAGUCUUUGGCCUGGAUGAUGUCUCCUUCAUGGCUCUCGCGAGGCAGUUUGGCAAACCAAUGGAAGAGCUGAAGGACGUUAUGGAGCCCCUGCUGGCCGUUAUGAAGCCCCUGCUGGCCAAGGAAAUUAGCAUUAACAUGGUCUUGCAGCUCCUGUCCUCGGUUGGGUGUGGCAUAUUGAUAGUAGCAGAUUUAUUUCUGAGGCCUUUACAGGUGCUAGGAUUCAUGGUGUCUGGAGGAGUUGUAGGGGUAGGAUUCUUGGUGGCUGGUGGAAUUUCACUGGCUACCACGUAUAUCCUGCUGAAAACCUUUCUCAACGGUGCUGCUGAAGAUGCCCAAAGAAUCCUACAGAAGCUAAGUCCACAAAAACAGGGAAAGCCAAAGAAGCAAAAGAGACGACGCAAACGAGGAAAGAUUUCCAGGACUGGCUUUUAAAUGUUCAAGGCACACGCUUCACGAGCACCAUGUGCUUAUUCUGCUGUUCUUGUCCCUGUUCUGGUCCUUCCUUUUGAAGCUCCCCUGGUGUAAUCCUCCUGCGCGUAACUCCACCAGCUUCCACUUGACACGGGAACUGGGCUGAGGUUGUCACACCAGACGGGCUUAGAUUGGAAGAACCAGCAUCAUAAAUCCGGGUCAACAGAUGAAUAGUGAAAUGAUUGAAUGUAGGUGUGUGGGAAAGUCUGGUUCACAGUCUGAGUCCUUUCGGGUAUUCCCAGCCCAGGCAGCUGGCCCUGUUCUACUUUCCUGCCCAUAGUUCUUUCUUUCUUAUAUUGUUUCUUUUCCUGUUAUCUACAUUACAGCAACACUUACUAGAGACCCCAGCUGGGAUCAGGGCCCCGUCGUGCCAGGCACUGCCCAGACACAGCCAGAGACAGUCCCUGCCCCUAAGAGUUUACAAACAGACAAAAGGUGGGAGGGGAAAUGGAGGCACAGACCGAGACCCCAAGCAGGCCAGAAACACACCCUGUGUCUCCUGACUCCAAGGCUAGUGGGCUAACAAACCACAUGCCACACUUCCUGUCUCAGUCUUCCAGCUCCGCUUCCUUGUUUGCCACUCAGCAGCAGGCCCCUUGCAACCUGGCACAGAGUGUUCCCACGAGGCUGGGCUGCAGAGGUCCUAGGGUGACCAGAUGUCCCGAAUUUAUAGGGACAGUCCCAAUUUUGGGGGCUUUUUCUCAUAUAGGCUCCUAUUUCCCCCCACCUCCUGUCCCGAUGUUUUACACUUGCUGUCUGGUCACCCUAAGAGGUCCUGGCAUCUCAGCUCAGUGGCAGCACUACAGGACAAGAGAAAUUUGGGCCUGUCAGCUGAGCCCUCUAUGUGGUCUGCUAUUGGGGAUACUGCUGCUUUCCCUGCAGCCCUAGGGACGCAUUUGCACGGGGGGCGGAGCCAGGGAUGUGCAAAUUUCUGCAUCCUCGUGCUGUUCUCCUCCGUCCCAAGUCCCCUCUCACCCCUCUUCUCUCUCCCCCACCCCCCCGGACUCAGGGGUGCUAUUAAAUGGCAGAAUGAACGGCCACCGUGCGGUACUGCCAUUCACUGCAUAAUUAGAGAGUCGGGAAAACAUGGGAACGUUUUAAGUGUAAUUUAAGCAAUAUUUGUGGUGGUGGCAGCUCAUGCUUCUUUCUUCACAGUGGGGACAGAUUCCUGGGCAUAGAAAGUCUCUUUAAAAGUAGCCACAAACUGACCCAAUCUAUUUAUGUAUUUCUGUUUUGCACCCACUUUGCCACAAGGCAUGACUGACUAGGUGGAUAAUAAUGACAACACUGAUUUAGGACACUACAAACCAAAGAAUUUUAAAAAUUUCGUGUAGUUGGUAACCACUUAUGGGCUUUACUUUCUGCAGUUCUCUAAGUGCAUGCAAUGAAACCAAACCAGUUCUACAACUUCUAAUUCAUUUCACUUUCAAUGUGCUACUGCUCCAAUGUUUGGGUUUCAAACCCUGCACAGGAAUUUUGGUCUAAGAACUAUUUUCAAUCAGAUACGUAGCCUUUUAAAAAAGGUUUGGGAACCUUUUUUGUAGUCUAGGGCAGUGGUUCCCAAACUCAUUCCACCGCUUGU